UAUAGGUAGAGCUAGAGGCAACAACCACGUCCGCUGUCCCAUCGAAUAGCGGCUGUACAGGUGUCGUUCAUUCGAUUUACGUUCCUCGCUCGAGGUAGAAGACCACGCUGGGCUUGUGGCGUUAGAAGAGCAUUGUUUAAUUUGUAAGCUCCUAGCUUGGAACCGGAUAUCAACACGGGAGAGCAUAGUGGAAAGGUGAACAAUAUCAUUGCAAAAAAGUCCCAAAUAUUGCGAGUAGGAUUGAUUGCAACAUCUAUUCCACCUUGAAGCGUAAUAAAAUAGAAGUGUGUUUAUACAACAGUAGUGUUUCGCAAUUUUAGUGAAUGUCGUUCGACUACAGUGAUCCACGCGCAGAAGGAUGAACAAAAAUGGAUCUGUCGUCACAGCCCCAGCUACGCCUAGCAGCAGCAGGAGCACCAGCAUCAGCGCUGGCAGCGGGGUCACUUCACCAAAUAUCAACCUGUUUCAGGAGAUCGUGAUACGCCUGAUGCUCUUCGCGUUCUAUUUCUACUUCGAGUGGAAGGAAGCCUUCGUGCGGGUGAUCCAUCCGGAGGAAAUGUGGCUCUACAAAAACCCCAUCAGCCCCAGCUAUGUGCCGCUGACGCUGCUCUACCCGGCCGUGUUCGGCCUGGUCGGACUGGUGAUCAUUGGGCACUUCGUCCGCAGUCGGGACUUCCACGACUUCCGGAGCGCCUGGUUGGGCUUCUCGUUGGCCUGUACCCUGAACGGGGCCCUAACCGAUGUGAUCAAGGUGGCUGUGGGGCGGCCGCGACCGGACUUUUUCCAGCGGUGCUUCCCGGAUGGCCAGAUGAACGAGGACAUGGUGUGCACCGGUGAUCCUUGGACAGUGAAGGAUGGACGCAAGAGCUUUCCCAGUGGACAUUCCUCGUUUUCUUUCGCUGCCCUGGGUUUCCUGUCGUGGUACCUGUUUGCCAAGUUACAUGUCUUUACCGAACGUGGUAGAGGUCAAACGUGGCGUUUGCUGGCAGCUGGAGGACCACUGUUUGCCGCUCUGAUGGUAUCGAUCAGUCGGACCUGUGACUACCAUCAUCAUUGGCAAGACGUGACGGUGGGUUCGUUGAUCGGGUUGACCGUGGGAUACCUUAGCUAUCGACAGUAUUAUCCACCGAUUGGUUCGCGCCAUUGUUUUGUGCCGUAUGGCACAGAAGUGCUAUCGCCUAGCUCGAAUAGAAAACCCGUCCCUAAAAGGGAUAAAGUGCCAGAUGAAUCCGAAUCGGAUACCAAAACCUUGCUGGAAGGCGAGGACAAGGACAGCAAGUGGACGUAGUCCUGAGCCGAUGGAACACAAGGUAUCUAGAAGGCUAGGUAGUACAACCAUACCAAUUUCACCAGCUGUCAUUUACUUUUCUAAUAUGGCGGAUUGCACCUACUUUCUAGAUACCUUGAUAGGAACUUUUCUCAAUUCAUGGCAGCAUUUUUUAGUAGGAUACGAAUCAGAAUAUGUAGUACCUUCCGAUAGAAACUUUGAUUGUGAUAUAAAACUUAUGUGUUAUUUAAAAAAAUCUGAUCAUACAUGAGACAAACAUAACAGUGAAAUAGGCUAAAUGCAUAACAAGAACCCAGUAGUGGUCUAACCACGAUACCCAUUUUGUAGCAAAUAUAUGGCAUCCGUCGUCGUCGUUGUAACAAAUUAGGUGGAACCUCA